AUGGCUUCUCCUAAUUUUGCCACAAGGCAUCCUCCAACAGCCAAAGAAUCUUCCUUGUUGUCUCUUAGCAGUCACCAGCAGCUCUACUGGAGCCAUCCUCGCAAAUUCGGACAGUCAUGCCAUGUAUGUUCUAACAAGCACGGCGUAAUCCUCAAGUACAGUCUGAACAUGUGCCACCAUUGCUUCCAACAAUAUGCAAAAGACAUUGGCUUCAUUAAGUUGGACUAA